AUGAAAGAAGGUGUUGUCGUUGCUGAAAAAGAUUUUGGUCUCGACAAACAUCCAGAUAUACCAGUACCAAACAUUCAUGUUAUUAAAGCACUUCAAUCGCUUAAAUCACGAGAUUUGGUUAAAGAACAAUUUGCAUGGCGUCAUUAUUACUGGUAUUUAAAUAAUGCAGGUACUAAUUUCUUACGUGAAUAUCUUAAUUUACCACCUGAAAUUGUACCGGCCACACUUAAACGACCAACAAGACCUGAAGGAGCUAAACAAGCUAAACGAAUUGAUACUGCUCGACCAGCAUCACCAUCUGAUCAAAGUCGACAAGACUAUCGUCGUAGUGGAUACGACAAAACAGGUGAAGUUGGUGCUGGAUCAGCUCAACCUCAAUUUCGUGGUGGUUAUGGUCGAGGCCGUGGAUUUAAUGAUGGUAAUCGUGGUGGUCCCGGUAAUGCUGAUCAACAAUAA